UCGUUUGAGUCGUGUAGUGGGUUUGCCGUUAGUUGCAUAGGCAUCGCGUCGUAACCGUAUUUUUAUGUUUUUUCUUCUUUUUCCAAAGUGAAAAAGAAUCUGAAUGUUAUGAUUAUUUUCCUAGCUAAAAUUAUUAGGAAGUUUUCGGUCAUGAACUGCUUCUCGUAAUUUGAAUUGUUUGCGCGAAGAGCAAAGGUGUUGAUUGUUUCAGAUAAUAAGGAAUCAUUCCUUUGAAUAUCUAUCUCUUUUUUUUGCAAACGUGGUUGACACAUUCAACAGUAUGAGCCUGCUUUGUGUUUAUUGAUGAGUGAAGAAGAAUCGAAAUUCGGUAGAAAAGUGAUGCAUUCGUAGUGACAAAAGGUUGUAAGUCUGGAACUCCUUACCUUUAUCCUAGUACAAAUGCGACUGUAGUAAUGUUCUUCCGCGGAGGACUCAGCAUCCGGCGCAACCUAUACUCUAAGCUGAUCCUGGUGCUAAUACUUGCGCUAUUUGUUCUGUUCUACUUCAAAAAUCUGAAUGGUAACAGUAGCCCAAACAGUAUUCCGAUUGCGAACGGCUUAGUGGGAACACUGAACCGGGGCAAUAUACUUGUGGCGGUGGGGACUGGUGGUCAGGAUCAAUUUUUCGAGCAACUGGUGCUAGCCGACCUUGCCAAGCAGGAACGCGGCCUUGGCGAUAAUGGCAAAGGUGUGGAGCUGAGCGGAGAAGCAAAGGAGAUUGGCGAGAAACAAUUAGCUACAAUCGCUUUGAAUGAGGAAUUGAGCGAACACCUCAGUUAUAAUCGGACUCCUCCCGACGAGCGGCAUCCGGCCUGCAGACGGAAAACGUACGAUGUAGCCAAUCUGCCUACGACUAGUGUUAUUAUUAUCUUCUACAAUGAACCAUACUCUGUUCUGGUUCGAACAGUACACAGUGUCCUGAACACAGCCGAUUCACGUCUGCUACAGGAAAUUAUUCUGGUAGACGAUGGCAGUACUAACGAGGAACUGAGUGGGAAACUAGAUUACUACGUUCGGACGCGUCUUCCGUCGAAGGUGAAGGUUCUAAGGCAGAGAAACAGAGUUGGUCUAAUUCGGGCACGGUUAGCCGGUGCACGAUUCGCGAAAGCGGAUGUGUUGGUUUUCCUGGACGCACACUGCGAGUGUAUGUCUCAGUGGCUGGAGCCACUGCUGGAACGGAUCAAGGAAUCAAGAACCAGCGUGUUGGUACCGAUUAUCGAUGUGAUAGAAGCGAAAAACUUCUACUACAGUACGAACGGGGUAACUGAUUUUCAGAUUGGUGGCUUCACCUGGGACGGUCACUUCGAUUGGCAUGACGUAACCCAACGAGAAAAGGAACGACAGAAACGAGAAUGUUCCGAGAAGGAUCUGGCUAUCUGUCCUACUUUUAGUCCAACGAUGGCCGGAGGAUUAUUUGCUAUCUCACGGGAUUACUUCUGGGAGAUCGGAAGCUACGAUGAGCAGAUGGACGGCUGGGGAGGCGAAAAUCUGGAAAUGUCCUUCCGAGUGUGGCAAUGCGGGGGUACACUGGAAACGAUACCCUGUUCCCGAAUAGGACAUAUCUUCCGAGAUUUCCAUCCUUACUCAUUCCCGAAUGAUCGUGAUACCCAUGGGAUCAAUACAGUUCGAAUGGCCGUGGUCUGGAUGGAUGACUACAUAGAUUUAUUAUUUUUAAAUAGGCCAGACUUGAAAGAUCACCCCGAAGUUGGAGACGUAACCCAUCGAAGAGUGUUACGAGAAAAGCUCCGAUGUAAGAGCUUUGAUUGGUACAUGAAAAAUGUGUAUCCGGAAAAGUUCAUUCCUACUAGAAAUGUGCGAGCCUAUGGUAGAGUAUCGUCACUGGCAGAAAACCUUUGUCUAGAUACUCUCCAACAGAAUGCCGAUAAACCAUGGAAUCUCGGCAUCUACACGUGUUUCCGCACUGAAGUGUCCGCUUCGCAGUUAAUGUCUCUGACGAAGCGAGGCGUUCUGCGAACCGAGCGAAGUUGUGCGACCGUGCAGGACAACAAGUCCGAUAACAGGUAUGUAGUAAUGAUUCCUUGUGUCGACGACGAGGAUAUUGAUGAUACGUGGCAGAUCACCGAAAAUCAGCAGCUAAUGCACGUGCCAUCGGGACUGUGUCUGGACAGUAGUGAUUUAUCCACGAAAAGUUAUGUCCACGUAACACCCUGUCUGCCGAGGGUUCGCACACAAAAGUGGGAAUUCCAGCGUUAGAACAUAGUCAGCCUACGUGGUAAACUAGGGGAGAGAUUACAAUGGGUCUGUAAAUUUAGAAAAGCGGGACAAAGAUUACCUCGCUUGCAGAGAGCGUCUGUGAGCACGUGUACUAAAAGAUGUUUUAUGAUCAAGGGACACUGAUCUUCUGUAAUUAUGUCUUUGACGCAAUAUUGUAUCAUAAAACAAGCUAGUUUAGCUAGGCAUUAGUUAAUGGAACAAAGGAAUCGUGAUCCUAAGAAGAAAAAAAACAACAAAAAACUGCGAGGGUAUUUUAAGCGUUGAACUGAAAAUGAAACCUUCUUCAUUCCCUCCUCUUUUAAUGAAGUGACAUAUUAAGAAUAUAAAAAAUAUAGAUAAAAUACAAAAUCGUAAAAGAAAAUUUAAGCAUCUUUGAGUUCUGAAAUUCAGAGUGAACGAGAUAAUAAAAAAAAACUAAUGUGAUAAUAACGGCAAAGCAUAACAAAUAUGAGUGAAAGUAUGAAUGUCUGACAAUCGGAAGAAAUAUUGCCGUUGAGCUGACUACAGUCGAACAGCAGCCAUCUACUAUUCCCAUCGCACGCCUGUAGUCAAAAGUAACAAGAUUUUGGAACUGUUGUUGCAUCUCGGAUCGUAUCUUUUUGUGUCUAUCUAAAGCUUAUUUCAGCUGUUUUUUUUUCGAGGAAGGGCGAAUCUUACAUAAGUAAACAAAUCGACUAUCUCUUUGCUAACAAUAAAUGGUAAAAAAUCCUACAAUUUAGCCCGAAUUAUACAAAAAUCUCAACCUUAGCAAUACAAAGAACUAUUAGAGGCGAAACUGUUAUUGCAGUUGUUUAAUUAAAUUUCGACCUCCGUGUUCCAUGCCAAUAUUCAGGGCGAUACCUCAAAUGAUAUAAAGGGAAGGUGGAACUAUUUAUUUUCGUUAUUUUAGAUGGUUCCCGAACUUUUUACUACUGUUAAUAGUUAUUGAGACGAUAAAAUUACCCGUUGAUCUGUCUUAGCCGCGGAAACCAACCAAUUUCACGAAAAAUGUGCAAGGGCGUAACUUCAUUAUUCACAUUGAUAGCAUGUUGGUAAACAAAUCGAAAAAGUGCGAAUCUCUUUCUAUGUUGAUUUAUUCAGUUGAUAUAGAAGAAAAAUGAAAUAAAAUGCAUAACCUUUAAAGAUAAACCAACAGUUCAUCGACUUUUCCCAAAUUGAUCUGAGAAUAUAUGAUAAUUUCUGAAUAGGAUUUGAAACCAAAGUAAUUCUUCGAUGUUUUUCUUCAUUUGCUGUCAAUGUUAGUUUCUCCCUCCUUUGAAAACCAUUUGUAUUCUGUAAUUGAUAUUUCAGAUAUCUGGUUUGUCUUUCAUCUAUUAUCUCGAACCAAUUCGAAUGUUUACAUGAACCUCAUUUGAAGGCCGCUCACACACUAUUGAAAGAGAUAUUUUGUCCACUUUUUUUUAUUUAUGACUUCUGGUCAGUCAGUAAUUUUUUACUUUUUUCGGUUUUUAACGAUAUCAAACUAACUAGAGAUUAUGAGAGGAGAAAGAAUAUGAAAUUAUAGAGCCAUAGUACUCAAGGAAGAGCAAGGAUGUCAAGAUAAAGUGCGGAAAAGUGAGACAUGACAAGGGUCAUUUUAAGUAAGCAGAAGGCUUCUCGUAUUAAACCUUUACCUUCUACCAGAGGAGUCGAACUUAGGCAUCUUAGCGAUACGAGUCAUCCGAGUCUCUGAUAAAAAAGUAGAAAAGUAAAAAAUAUUUGAUGGGAUUCCAUCACACACAGCGAUGAAUGGAGCGCUGUCCGUGCGCCGCCUGCACCCUGAGACGCUUAGCCAUACGCUACAACUCCAGGCAUUCAAGCAAUAGUUUCGGACAAAUCUUCCAUUCCGGUGUUAUAACUAACUAUAUAGAGAUGAGAAAAUAUCAACACAAUGAAACACAUUAUGUGAGAAACCGUCGUGGGCAGAAUGUGACAACUUCUCGUAGUUUUACUUUUGCCGGUUCGGAUAGUAAAUGGCAAACGACCUUUGACUUUACUUUCUGACAUAUCAGAGACUCGGAUGACUCGUAUCGCCAAGAUGCCUAAGCUCGACUCCUCUGGUAGAAGGUAAAAGUUUAGAUACGAGAAGCCUUCUGCUUACUUAAAAUGACCCUUAUCACGUCUCACUUUCCGCACUUUAUCUUCACAUCCUUGCUCUUCCUUGAGUACUAUGGCUCUAUAAUUUCAUAUUCUUUCUCCUCUCAUAAUCUCUAGUUAGUUUGAUAUCGUUAAAAACCGAAAAAAGAUAUAUUUUGUUACUUCAAGAGAUCUACUGACGAUGGUUGAACUGAGUUUUGAUUUGAAGAGAAUCAAUUGAAGAGUCUAAUGCUGCCCGUUAUUAUUUUUACGUUUCGACUUUGACUGAUCAGUGCAGAGCAGUUCAAAUUGAACUGCUUAGUGCUAAACUCGGCAGUUCAAUUUGAACCGCUAAGCAAUAUAAAUUGAUUGCUGACGGACAUGAUUCGCUCAAAAUGUAAUUUGAUUUGAUUGAUAAGCAGUGAUAGUGACAUUCAUCAAACCCAUCGUGAUGAUUUUGGGCACCAUGAUAAAUGAGGUGUUGGUGAUGUCAUCAUCGUUUAUUAGCAGCUUUAGUCACGCAUGGGUCUGUUUCUAUACUGCUAUUCUGGUACCAUUUCAAUAUCGUCAUUAUCUGUCGAGCGUCGCACUGGAAGCUUAUUCAUUUUAAUUCACUUUUAUGCCUUCCUCAUAAAGAAAGGUUAUGCAAACCGGCUUUUCAACCGAGGUCCGGAGCACCGAAUGUCAUAUUCCGGAGAUGAAUGAACCGAUUUUCACAAACUUAGACUCAAAUGAAAGGUCUUAUGGUCCCAUAGUCUGCUAUUGAAUAUCAUCCCGAUUCGACAUCCGGUUCCGGAGAUACAGGGUAAUAUGCAUCUAAAAAAUGGCAAAAACAUGCACUGGCUGAACCGAUUUUCACAAGCUGUAGGUUUCAUUCAAAAAUGAAACCAUACGUCAUACGCUUUCAUACGGAAUUUCUGAAUUUGUUACGGAUUCUGCUUCCGGUUCUGAAACUACAAGGUGUUUUGAUUUCUAGAUUUUGCUAGCUUACGUCUAAACAGACCUUUAUGUUUCUAUUCAAUCAACAGGUUUUUCCUUUUUCAUUGAAAAAGGUUAUGCAGACACUGUGAAACCGGAUUCUCGAGCCGAGGUCGAGUGUGAUACGCCAUUCGCGGCAGUUCGUCUAUAUAAGCAAAUGUCAAGGUGUGUAUAUUUGUGUGUAUAUGGAGUUUGCUUUUCAAUAUCCUCAAAUGAACGAUUACAAUUAUUAUGUUGCUUACGAACCAAGAAAACGUGAUUAUAUUAGAAAUAAAUACAAAGCUUCUUUUCUAAUGACAGAUUUUAUAUUUGCGUCUGUCGUAUUGAUAUGAAAUUAACAGGGAAGGUGAUAUGUAGCCGAAUAGGCCGAGUUAAUAAGGCCAAAUUUUCAUGUUAAUUGCAAGUAAAUAGCUAAAGUAAACAUUAACAGGAGGUUACAAUGAGAUGCGCACUAUUACCCACCUUUCCCCUAUGAGACAUUCUUUUACAAGUCGUACACUGCCGUUCUACGCAUAUUUGUCGCAUAUACAUAGGAGAUCCUAUAGAAUAUGGGGCACUUAUUCGUGGAGCGACAGUACACCAAAAACAAGUUUACAUUUUAAAUUCGUCUAAAUUUUUUUCGGCUUCUAUAUAAUAAAUUAUUAGACACGUAUAUCCUCAUUUUUGAUACAAAAUUUUUCUUCGUUGUUAUAAUUUUUCAAAGUUUCUAUGAAUUCUGAUAAAAUUUUAAAAGGUUCUGCUGUUUCAUGCCCAAAUGAACUUUCAUUUAUUCAUAAAACUUUUAUUUCGGCUCAUUCGCUCUUCGGCUUAACGUAGCCGUUUAACAAAAAAAAUUUGUUAUGUAUGGAUCUUGUUGUCAACUUUUUUUAUUGGCGGAGAGACGUUUUCAUUGCUAUCCAGCGAAUGAAGGAGGAACAGUGGUUCGCUAGUCACGCUCCUGUCCAUUGGUUCGGUGUCACUGUUGUUGGCGAAAUCAUAGUUAUUUCUUACAUUUGUCCAAGCGUUGGGUGCGAUGUUAGUUGUAAUUGGGGUACCUCGUCCUACAUAGGGUACAACUGAUUUCAUUGAGAAGUAAGCUUCCUUGUUGUUGAUGGCUGUCGCCGAUGUACUGGAGUUAUUUUGGGUUGGUGUGGAGCGCUGUUGUCCUUGUUCAGUUUUUCACAUGGCUUGUCGGUGAACAGCUUUUUGGCAACGUUGCCAUCUGAUUGUCAUAGGUAACAAAUGAUUUGCACGGAAUUCUUGUUUCUUGACCGAAAUUUACAUAAGAAAGUAGAGCCUCCUUCAAGCGUAUGCGUAACAAACGGACACCAUUUAGAAUACCUGGGAAAACGUUCUUUUUUUUCGAUGGAAAGAAUCUCUCCGUACUAAGACAUGUUUUUGCGGAUAUAAAGAUCGUAGACGCUUGAGGGUAGAUCAUGUACACAUGAUCAUGAAUUGAAUUGCAUCCAACUCUUUAUAAAACUGUGUAAGUAAAAGCACACGUCAAUAUCAAGAUGCAUUUGCUCCUUAAGCAACCCUCACAGCAAGCGGUUCUAUUUUGUUGGUCGUUGAGCGCUUGUUGAAUGGCAUACUGCACAAAAUUUUCGUUCAGUUUGCUGGGUGGGUUUGUUGUUUUUUCUCUUGCAAAAGUAGUGUCAAAAUUAGGUGUUAUGUUCAUAUAGAAACAUAAUUUGCUGUUAUUCUACGUGAAAUAGAAGAAUUUUACAGGUAUGUAGUGUUAGUUUUAAAAAAAUAAGUUGAAACUUCAGAAAUUCUCCAGUCAAACUAGUCGUGGCUAGUCUCCAGUCAAACUAGUUACGUGGCUCUGACUCCUCAUAUAAAAAAUAGCUCUACAAUGGACUUCUGUCUGCCGGGUUUGUUGAACGAAAAAAAAAAAUGGCAUUCGGUUCUACGGUCUGUUUCAAAAUCGGCAAGCGAAGGUCUCGUGUUGGUCUCCCGUUGAACGAUUGAUUGGUCGUUCAUUGGACCAAUGAUCCAACGAAGAACCACCGUUGAACCUUUUUUUUCUAAGAGGGAAACCUUCAAGUUCUCCUAUCGAAGGUCAAAUUUUGCACUGCCAGAAGUCAACAAUAAUUGUAUUCUUUCGUAGUGGCGGCAGUAGCUUUUGUUCGUUUUGUUCACUCAUUUCGAGAUCGUUCUAUUGUUCACAACACAAUACUGUACUUGGUUUCUUCCGUCCCGAACGUAAGCGGUUCUGUUUUAUCGACUGACUUAUGAGAAAGGAUUCAUUACAUCACUUGGUGGAUUAAAAAGGUUUUUAGUACUGCGUCAGGGUUUCAAGAAUCCAGCGGAGCUAUAAUACGAGACCAUCAUUUGCUCACACUACAGGUUUGUCAGUAAACUGUGCGGAUACUAGCAUGUGUAAGAGAGACCGGGGCUAAGCCGGACACUUUUUGGAAAUUGAAAAAAAGCAUUCAUUACAACUAGGUUUUUACCCAAGUCAUCUAUGCCGUUGUGUAGCUUCAACCUUCAGCUACAAAUUCCAACUUGUGGUUUGGGAAAAUAUGCAUUGAUUUCCGUAAAAGGUCGCAAUGACCAAGUGACCAACCCAAAGUCCAAAAUUUCAGAAACUGCGGGGCUAAACUGGACACGCAUUACACCUAGGGUUUUACUCAGUUUAUCUAUACAGUUGUGAACCUUCAACUUUCAGCUACAAUUUCCAACUUGUGACUAGUUUUUGUAUCAAAUCACCAUGAAGUAACACACCAAAAAUGCAACAUUUAGGAACCGCGGGACUAAACCGGAUUUUGAACACAAAAACGAAGAACGAAUACACUGCCCAUACUUGCAUAUCAGUCCCAUAUGGAAAAUCGGCAUGUCGAGAAAAAGACCAAUAAAAUUUUAUUUACGAAUUUUUUGAUUUAUUGUCCUACCUAAUGCUGAAUCAUGGUAUUAUUACAUGCUAUUCCAAUAUUACAACAAAUGAAAUUAUUGAAAUUUGCACUAAUUGGAACUGACAUGCGGGUACUUUACAUAUGGGACAGACAUGAGUUGAUUUUUUUUCACCUUUUAUUGAACAAACCCUUAACUUUUAUCACAAUUUCUGAAAGUAUAAAGACUGUCCCAGAAAGUAUGGACGCACUUUGAUUUCGCUGUAAAUAUUUCACAAGUGUUAGAUAUUCAAAUUUUAUUCGAUAUACUGAUAAUAUUACACCACAACAACAGAAUAUUAUUCUCAACAUUUGCUACUUAGCCAUUGUAGACUAGCUGGCGCACCUUCUUGCGAACGUUCCUCAUUAAAUUCCGUACAGACUUCUUGGCGACAAGUUUUGACACUUUUUUCCAAUCUUUUUCGAACUGUUGAAUGGUUUCGGCUGCCGAGACAUGUUUUCUAAGAUGUGCCUUCGUUAAUGCCCAAAAUUCCUCAAUUGGUCGAAGUUUUGGGCAAUUUGGUGGAUUCAUGUCUUUUGGGACGAAAGUGUUAUUUUUGGUAGUAUACCAUUCUACCGUUGAUUUCGAGUAGUGGCAAGAAGCAAGAUCUGGCCAGAAGACAACAGGAUCCUUGUGGCUUCGAAUCAUGGGUAAAAGUCGUUUUUGUAAACAUUCCUUGAUGUAUAUUUCGCUGUUCAUUGAAGCAGUGGUGAUGAAGGGUUUCGAAAUCUUACCGCAGCUACAAAUUGCUUGCAAGACCAUAGCUUUCUUACCAAAUUUUUCGACUUCAAUCGAUGUCCCGGACUGGUUUAACACUUGCCCUUCUCACACCGUAUAAUAUUGUGAUCCGGCAAGGAUUUGUAAUCGAGUUUCACGUAGGUUAAGUCGUCCAUGAUUAAGCGGUUCAAACUUCUAGCAAGAAUCGUAUUGUACAGCUUUUGAACCCUCGGCCUGAUCGAUGCUUCUUGUUUCGGACUACGUUUUGGUUGUUUCUGCUUCUGAUAGGUUCGAAGAUUCAAACGUUCUUUAGCACGAAGAACAUUUGACUUCGAAGUGCCCACUUUUUUGGCCACAUCCCGAACUGAAACCUCCUUCUUUUGCUCGAACGCCUUCAGUAUACGUUUAUCCAACUGAGGAUUAGCAGGACCUUUUUUUCGGCCCGUUUUCUGUUUAUCCUCGAAGGUGUUAUCCUCACCGAAUUUCCUGAUUGCAUUUCGCACGGCUUUUCCACUUACUCCUUCCAUUUUUGCUAUCUUUCUCAGUGACAGUCCGCGUUCUGUGCACCAUUUGUACACAAUUUUUCGACGUUGUUUUGCUGAAAGUACACGCAUUUCGAAACAAACUAAUCAAAACGAAUAAACAACUGCACAAGUGGUUAGAGAAGAGUGUGAACAACAACAGGACGCAGCCAUAAAAAUUGGCAGAUUCUGAACCAUUGCGAAAUGGCAGCGGUUUUUGGUUGCGUCCAUACGUUCUAGGACAGUCUUUAUUGAGGAUAGAUUUCAUUCCUCAAGCUAACUCAAAAUUGGUGAAAAUCGUUAUGCGACUGACAUACUAGUAUGGGCAGUACAGUGGUGUGCCAAAUCUUAAGAUAACUUAAUGAGCGCAAAAUAAAUGAAAUCGUUUUCGAAUGAAUUGUCUGUAGGUUUCAAAGUUUGUAUGCAUAAGAUAUAAUCCUGCUUGCUGGGAAUAUAGGUAUUGUCUCGAAACUUCACUCCCUGCAGUUUCGAAUAAUUGAUGUUGAAACUGAUUUUAAAGUCCUUAUCGAAGACUAUUUGAUUGAUGAAAUUGAAUGAAUGUUUUAAUUUAAUUUAUAGUAAAUCUAGUUUUAAUAAAUGAUGGGCAGUAGAAUUGAAAUAUAGAUAUCAUUAAUUAGGUAUGUUUGAAAAAUCCGUUAAGAAUUUCAAAUCGAAAAUUCUCGGUAAAUUUUUCAAAAGGGCGUAUAAGCAAGUGACAGUUUCUCUUUAAUCACUCUCUCUUUCGAUUAUUGUGAUGUAAUUAAAAAGAUUUUCUUUGAUAUCACUAUUCUGUUUGAAAGUCGAAAGUUUCGGGUAUCAUUUCAUGCAUAGAGUUGAGUGAUAAACGUGGAAACCGCUGAGUAAUUAAUAGAAGAGAGAGUAAACAAAGAGAAACUGUCACUUGCUUAUACGCCCUUUUGAAAAAUUAACCGAGAAUUAUGUCUGACUGAAUCCUCUGUUUAGCCCCACACAGACAAUUCAUUUUCGAGACACAAUUUUACUUUUAUUUUCCACGUAAUCGAAAGCACUUUUCACUGGAUUCAGCACGAAAUAAACAUUUGAAAGUAGGGACGACCGGGGUUGGGUGGUCGAGUUUUGCUUUCGGAAUUUUUGUACUCUUUCUGGUUUAACUUUUUUAUUACCGAAAUAAAUAGAAAUAAAAGAGGCUGUAGCUUUACCGAGUUUGAAAAAAAUAUUUGAAACACAUCAAAUGCAUCAAUGGAAAACGUUUAUUAGUGAAAAAAAAUAGCAUAAGCCAUUUUUUUAUUAUGUACCUUAUGAUAAAAAAAGAACCGGAAUUUUCAUUUCAAUAUUCCCGCGCUUGUCCAAUCGGUAAACUUUUAUUCUCUCAACGUUGGCAACACUUUUAUACACAUUUUGUCAAAUUUUGACGCAUAUCGUACGAUUAGUUUUUGUUUGGCGUCUAUACAAAGAAACAAAAUUUUCGUGUGGCGAUUUUUAUAAUUGAUGAAAAUUUAGAACAACGUGCGUGCAUCAAAUUUUGUGUUGCAAAUGGAUUUAAGUGUUCUGAAACGUUGAAAAUGUUGAAAAUGUUGAAAAUGUUGUUACUGAAGAAAACAUUGAAUCGGCGAAGCAAAUCUUGUUGCAAAAUCGUUCUGUACCGAUUAGAGAGAUUGCUGUGUUGUUGGGCAUCUCUUAUAGAUCAGCCGAACACAUUUUAACUGAUGUUUUGGGUUUGAAACGCGUCGCUUCUCGGCUGGUGCCAAAAAAGCUGAAUUUCAUUCAAAAACAGCGUCGUGUUGAUGUGGCCAAAGAGAUGAUUUCCAACGCAGAUAGUGACCCCACAUUCAUCGAAUGCAUCAUAACUGGUGAUGAGGUGUGGAUUUAUGAAUAUGACGUCGAAACCGCACGACAAUUGACCGAAUGGCGCUUCGAAGGCGAGCCGUUGUUCUAAAUUUUCAUCCAUUAUAAAAAUCGCCACACGAAAAUUUUUCUACUUCUUUGUAUAGACGCCAAACAAAAACUAAUCGUACGAUAUGCGUCAAAAUUUGACAGAAUGUGUAUAAAAGUGUUGCCAAUUUUGAGAGAAUGAAAGUUUACCGAUUGGACAAGCGCGGGAAUUUUAAAAUGAAAAUUCCGGUUCUUUUUUGAUCAUAAGGUAUAUUAAUUUUUCACAAUAAAAAUCGGGAAAAUAGUUAUUAACAAUCAAAUGCGGACCAAAAAUGGCCCAACCUACCCCAGAUCCGGGGUAGGCAAAGGACAUUGCACGAUCAUCGAAUCACAAAGUGCAGUUUGCUCUAAGCUUAAAUUACAUAUCGGUCAACCAACCCCGCAGAAAACUCGGCCAACCUGCCUCAAUGAAUGUUUUCGAGAACAAUCACAAUUAACAAAAAUAAAAGUAAGGUUAUAUUGGAAACCGAUAUGUUCUUUGAAUACCCUUUCCAAAGUACCACGUUUUAGGGAAUCGAAAUAUAUCUGCGUUACACGUAUUACUUUACAAAACAGAAAUUUACUUACAAGCGCCGAAAAAACAACACAAAAACUUCUGAAAUUGCGUCGGUACGUAGGUGACCUAAAUCACUAUAGAUGUCGCCACCGUUGACAACAAAACGACAUUUUAAACUCGUGCUCCUGGUAACUGUCGGUGAGGUAUGUUUUAGAAUGAUCUGCCACAUUUUUUUUUUUUUCGUUUCACUGCUUGUGCCAAUCAUGGCUCUGAACGAGACUUUUGCCACCACUUGGACUAUAUCAAGAAUUAUUUCAUAAGGAUUAGAAUCUAAUCUUUUCAUGAUGAUAAUUAUUUAUUAGUGCUUUCGUAUAUAUUUCAACAACAAAAUACGAUGUUAAAAGAAUGACCAAACAAUACAAAAAUUACGAAAAUUGUUACCUUGAACAAAACGUCUUAGUAAUGUUUUCCUGUGUAUGAAAAAAAAUAACUGUAGCUAACAAAUGAAUUCUUAUUUCGUUUAAUACAAAACGCUGUUUUCAUAUUGAUAGCUUUACGAAUUCACAUACGUCAACAUCACAAUUAGACCAUAAUUAUAGAGUAUGUAUUAUGAGUAUGAUGUCCGCUUGAUAGAAUGUUGAUUGCACACCUUCUCCAAACACCUGCAAAGAAUGUUCAUUCGAAAGGAAACGGCAAUACUUCUUCCGGUUGAUGGUUGAACUACAAAGUACUUACGAAGCUUGAGAAAUAAAGUUGCCAACACUAAAAACACUAGAUAAAUAAAUGUCCAGCAAACGCCUGACUGUAAAAUCUAAUCUGUUCUUCAGUUUUGUACAUUAUCUAUUAGUAUGUAUACUUCUCCAUAGUUUAUUGUUAUCAAAAGUGCCACAAAAAUCGCAAGACAACUGAACCAUUUGCAGAGUAGAUAAGUUCAAACUAUUUGUUAAUUACCGUCUUUCUUUGUAAAUGUUAACGAGCUCCUCUUCGGCAACAAUGCAAUGCUAUCACUCGAAACGAAUGCAUCACUAGAGUACUACCGACGACACGACCAGGCACUCCGAAGAAAAAUCAGCAUUAAAACUGUUCGCUAACGAUUUACCACCAGUUACCACAAAUCUAGCGACCCCUUGUAGAUGAUAAAAAUAAUCUUCUCGAGCAACACUGUUUAAGUUGCUAUGGACUAAUUACCAAGGAACCCCAAAAGAAAUAAACAUGUUUUGAAAAUUAGUGUUAAACUUUGUCCAAAUUAAGCAGAAAUGCAUUUAAAUGAACUCGAUUUUCGGAAUUUAACCGAAACUAUGGAUGAAACAUCAUAAAUAUGCAUUUAUUGAUUAAACUAUGUAUAAAUACUUAGAAUCCGAAGUAAUCGGAUAGGGAGAUACAGAAUUGUCGUGAUGUUAGGAUUCAUAACAAAUGGUCACUAAAUUGCCUGCACCCAAUUUCAUUUGAAGAUCUUCCGUAGUUUUAUCAUACUGUCACUUUCGAGAGCUGUCAAAGAAAGAGCCAAAAACAAAAAACCACUAUUCGAUCUUACCUUUCCUCCAGUAACGGAGAACUUGCUAAGAUGCAGUUUUCUCGCUCUUGUGGCCGGUAUAUGUAUGUAUUGAAACAAUUACUAUUACAGUAGUAUCGCCCCGAUUGAAAUGGACGACAGACACUUCUGAAUCAGAUCGGUCGUUUGAUCGUUUCCCAACGAACGAGGACAAUAAACUGCUUCCAGCGAUUCAUCCGUACACUUCAACUGCUAGCUUUUCUGGGCAAUAGGAUUCGGUGUAAUAUGCCGGUGUCAAAAUUGUUUUGUGUCGGUUGAUUGCGCAGCAGUGUAAACAGUAUUUCACCUUGUUGACCACUAUUCGAGGAUUACUAGUGGAAUUCCAUAAAGAAAUCAUUUUACCGUAAGUUAUGUAGGUACCGCAGAGCACUAGCCUCGCUCAGCUCGUUGUCGGUCAUUUCCAUGUCUUCCUCGUUGGUUUGCGCUAACUGUUAUCACACAACGGUUUCAAGUCAGCAUUGAGUUAUGCAUCCCAAUGUCCCUAAGACCUGAAUUUUGCACUUGGCUUUAUAAAAGACAUAACUCAUACUCCUCAAUUUUUACAUUCCGCUCGAGGCAGGUAAAUCCAUUAAAAUGUUCCGUAAUAUAAUAACCGAUCUGAAAUUUAUUUUGUUUACUUUCAUCUUGCCUUCGAUAUGCAGUAACCAAGGUUAUGGUGACUGUUAUUCAAAAUCAAUAAUAUAUCAACUUGUGCUGCCAGUUUAAAAAAUUUCACUAGCGUUUUUGAUUUGACAUUUCCAGUUACUGAGGGGUAGUUAAAUUUACGAUACAGUUUUGAUAGACGAGUGGCAGGUCGUGUCGUCGGUACUACUGUUCAAACUGCAUCUACAAAUUGUUGAAUAUAAAUUGCUCAAAAACGCCUUGAUAUUUAACAGCGAUAUAUUUUAAGUUAAAUCACACUUUCAAUGCCAUCAUUCUAUUAGCUUGAACAUAGUCAAACAGGUCAGUACAGUACAGCGUCACUUUUGAGUAUAAAUAUAUAAUUAUCCACUUACAGUUAGUGUUAGAAGCAGAAUCUUUUAUUUAACCAUAACUCAAUCUCUAUCCUUGAAUACAAAAUCCGGCACUAUGAUAAAGUAGGAAUAUGUCUAACUAACUAAAUGAGAUGAAUAAUUCAUUUAUAUUUUUCGAGAUUUUUUGUCGCAAAUUAUAACAGAAAAAAAUAAAAACAAACCAAUUUUCGGCACUACAUAAGCGUGAAUACGUGCUUUUAUUCAAGUGUUCGAAUCUGAUAACAAAGCAAACGAGAAUGAUAACGAGAAACCAGAUAUUUUUGUUAAUGAAUUUAUUUGUUUAAAUCUUUACAA